AUGUGCGAUGAAUGGCUAAAAAAUAUGGAUGAGGGUAAAAUAACUGGUCUUGUUUCUCUGGAUAUCAAGAAAGUAUUUGAUUCAAUUAACCAUCAAAUUUUAAUGUCAAAAAUGAAAGACCAGUUUGGUAUUCGUGAAAAUGAAUUGAAUUGGUUUACCUCUUACUUGACUGAUCGUCAGCAA